AUGAGGGAACCCGAACCAAUUAACGCCGGACGUCUGGCCCGAGCGCUGACCCUCUCGUUGGUAUGGAUCAGGACGAAUCAAUAUUUUGGACGUCUCUGGAAGCCUCGGACUGGGUUGCUUUCGGCAUGCGGGUUCUGCAUCAAGGUCAAACCAUAUGCGAAUCUGGCCGAGGCACACACUAUGCAGUUUGUCGCCCAACACACUUCUAUUCCCGUCCCUAAAGUGUAUUGUGCCUUUGUUCACCAAGGGUCUACGUACAUUGUGAUGUGCAAGAUCAACGGGCAGAUGGCAUGGCUGCGCUGGAAGGAACGUUCGCAGUCAUCCCAACGACGGAUCCUCGAGCAGCUGCGUGGCAUGGUUGCACAGCUACGCGCUAUUGCCCCAACAGAAGGCGUCGGUAUCGCUAAUAUUGAUGGUGGCCCUAUUUACGAUUGUCGCUUGCCUUCAAAAUGGUUUUGGGGGCCCUUUGCUACAGUACGGGACUUUCAUAAGGAGCUUGCUAAUGGUGCCGACCUUGAAAUUCGUUAUGAGAAUCAACCCCCAGAUCUGGAUGAACUCUUAACUUUCUACCGCCAAGCGAACAACAAACUAGUCUUAACACACGGAGACUUAAGCAGCUUGAAUAUCCUUAUACAGGGAGAUGACGUCGUUGGCAUCGUUGAUUGGGAAACAGCAGGCUGGAUGCCCUCAUACUGGGAGUACACGUCUGCAUGGUUUGUGAAUCCCCAAAACCCGUUUUGGCAGCAAGAAGUAGAUAAAUUUCUAACGCCUAUGCCGUAUGAGCUGAGGAUGGAACACAUACGUCGUACAUACUUUGGGGCAACAUGA